CUUACGAGUAUGUGUCGAGCCAGCCAAGGCGUACUUUGAGCCAGAGCGCAACGCUGGGACGUGAAACAACGACAAAGACCGGGCCUUUGAAUGUGUGCGGAGGGCAUUUCCUUCCCAUAGGAUGUUCUGCUUAAACAGUUAUUGAGGUGAUAAUCAGUAUUCAGAUGGAUUUAGAGAUUAAAGGAAUUGCUGCAUCUCCAAGAAGACAAGCACCACUGUCUGCAAGGAAGAAAAAACUUGGUCAAGGAUGGAGGCCACACACAAAAUCAAGCCAUGGUCCUCGACCAGCAGAAGUACCAUGCCUUGACUUGGGGAAAUUGGGAGAUUCUGAAGAUGAGGAUGGAGAUUUCUACGCUCCAUACACUAAUAGGCACCACCAUAUUGGUCCUCCAUAUUCAUCUUCAACUGUUAGCUGGGGUACUCCAGUACAAAGUCCUUAUGCUCAACAUCAUGAUAUUAAACAGACAGCAAGAAUACCUGCUCAGAAGAAAACUGAGAUUUCAUUGGAGCAAAAUACAGUUCCAGAAAAUUUGCCUCCCCCAGCAGAUGCAUACAAACUGAAGUAUCAGCAAUAUGAAGCAGAAAUGAAAGAAGGAUAUAAACAAUAUUCUCAAAGAGCAGCAGAAGAGAAAGCAAAGAAUAGUCAGUGUCAUGAAUUUCCAAGAAAAAACAGUGAGGAAAAGGAUUUACAGUCUGCAAACCAAAUAGGUGAUGAAUUGACAGCCCUCGAUGAGAAAGCCCUAUUGCAGCAGUGCUAUACAAGCAAACCCUACACAGUGAAGCAGAGCGUAAGGAAACUGGAAGUAGAGGAUGUUGCAGCAGAGAGAAAAAAACAAACUGUAGUGGAACAAGUAAUGAUAGAUCAGUUAUCUAGAGCUGUAAUAAGUGACCCAGAACAAAAUGGAAAUAUUGAGAGCAAUGAGAAGGAUCCUACCCUUCCAGGAUUAAAGACAACACCUCUGCGUUUUAGGAGAAGAACAUUACAUGAAACUAAAGUAAGGACUAGGGCAGCAUUGACUGAAAAUAUGCUUUCUAAUAAACUACGCUUUGAUGGUCGAUUAAUAUCAAGAAAUGGACGUGAUGCUUGUCGAGAACUGAUUGGAUUUUUCUUUGUAUAUGAUAAAUCUCUAACUGUAUAUGAAUAUCGGCAAUUUGGUAAAAAUAGAACAAAUGCUCUGCCUUUCAUUCAGAAGGGAAUUUAUGGUCAUCAGCAUGGACAAAGAAAAGGAAAACAAUACAGUCUUAAUGACUUCUAUGUUGGAGCAGACUUGACUUUUUUGAGCCUUCAUCAUCCUGGCCUUCCAGAAAGUAUUAAACAAAAAACAGUAUUUAUAAUCCGUGUCACAAGUAUUGAUGAAACUGCUAGAGCUUUUCUAAAGGCUGUAGAUACAGAAAUUGAAGAACAUUGUAUCGAGGACGAUUAUGGCAGGAGAAUUUUUCGAAACGUUCAAGAUAAGCUAACAGACAAAAUAAAUAAAAGAGGAGUUCGUAUUGUAACAGGAUUAGGAAAGUACUUUAGAGAACUGGAAAAGAAACAAAAUGGAGUGCUUACCAAAGCAGACUUCAAGCAUGCGCUGAAAGUGUUUCAUUUAGAACUUCCUGAAGAGGAUUUUGAGUCUUUAUGGUUAACACUGGGUGAUCAUAACAAUGAAAUUGGUUACUUUGAAUUUACCCGUGGCAUUCUUGGAGAAAUGAAUGAAUAUAGAAAAGCAAUUGUCAGAAAAGCAUAUAUGAAACUGGAUUACAGCAAGACUGGUAGUGUACCUAUGGUAGAUAUCAAGAAAUGUUAUUGUGCUAGAAAACAUCCUGAAGUCCUAGCAGGUAAUACUACAGAGGAAGAAAUUAAAUCUUCAUUUCUAGAAACGCUGGAGGAUGCCUGCAGCAAUCCCAAUGAAGUUUUAUUUUGUGAGUUUGAGGAUUAUUAUGAAGGAUUAAGUAUCGGAAUGAUAGACGAUGAAGAUUUUGUUAACACAUUAAAAAAUCACUGGGGAAUUUAGAAAAUAUAAAAUUUACAAGGUUGUGGGAGGAGGGGACAAGAGAGGCACUUGACCUCUUGAAUCCGAAAUUUACUCUUUUUUUAUAUACCCUGACAUAGCAUGUACAACUGAUAAGCAAGAGGUUUUGAGUAAUCUCUGUCACCUUCCUGCUCCCCUCAUGUUUCAGCAGACACUCUUGGAUAUGGUAAAUAUCCAGGAUGCUAAAUGUCGAAAUGUGACACACAUCCAGUUUUUGAAUGAAAAUGUAAUAAUUUGGCCCGAACAGUCUGAAGACAUUUUAAUAAAUGUCUAGAAUAUUGCUUAUUCAAUUCCUUUUGACAUUUGUUAGAUAUGUUUUGAAUUGAAAACCUAGCUUACUCACUUUUUAAAGGAAUUGGAAUAUUGCGAAGAUUGCAUCCUAUAUAAUGAAAUAAUUUGUUAGUUUCAGAAUAGGCUUAAAUAUGUGAAAUAUGGGAGAUGAGAAGAUUGUUCUGUCAAGGAUGUAGCAUUGAAAAAUUAAAAAUUUAAGCAUAGAGUGAUACUGUGACUUUUUUCUGGCAUAUCAGUGUGGAGUUCAUGAAAAGAUUUAGAAGUACCUUUAUCCCAGCAUACACAUGCACUGAGAAACUGGUACCAUAGUAAUUCUGACAAUCCACACUACAUAGAUACAUCUUUAAAUGACUCUUCUGGUAAGCUUCAUGUAUUUUCACUUUAACAAUAACCUGUAGAACAGAAAAUUCUUUUUAACUGUUCGGAGUUAGGACAUUUCAGCUACUGACUUUGUCAAACAAAUACACCUGAAAUUCAGUAGUUAGAGUAAGAGGCAAAUGUUUAUAUUUUUAUUUUAUACACAUCAUUGUGACUUUUAAAAAAUGUAACAUCUGCUUAUUUUGUAAAAUUCACUUGAGUGUUCCCACUGAUUUUUGCCUGUUUUAUAUCAUUUGAUUGCAAAAAUAUUUGCAGGACAUAAUGAAUUAAUCAUUAUACUUUUUGAUGGUUGUUGUGGGUUUUCCGGGCUGUAUUGCCGUGGUCUUGGCAUUGUAGUUCCUGACGUUUCGCCAG